CUUUGGCUGCCUCAGUCGACAAUUUUUAUCCAGCUUCCCAAUACUUCACGUUAGUCCGGUCUCUUUUUUUAGCCAGCCACGAGAUCUUUCACUUCGAGAAAUGACUCUAUAUACGUAUCCCAACAACUUCCGAGCUUACAAGGCGCUCAUUGCCGCUCAGUACUCCGGGGCUAAAGUGAAAGUAGCCUCAGAGACGGAGUUUGUAUUUGGGGAGACGAACAAGAGCCAGGAAUUUCUCCGGAAGUUCCCGCUUGGCAAGGUUCCUGCUUAUGAGACAGCUGAUGGGCAGUUUUUGACCGAGAGUAAUGCCAUUGCAUUCUAUCUGGCCAACGCUGAGCUCCGUGGGAAGACUGAGCUGCAGCAAGCUGAGGUGUGGCAAUGGGUGAAUUUUGCAGACAGUGAAAUUCUUCCUGCAUCAUGUGCUUGGGUAUUCCCACUCCUUGGGAUAAUGCCCUUCCAAAAGAAAACUGUUCAACGUGCCAAGCAAGAUGCUGCUGCUGCCCUUGCGGUUCUCAACACCAAGCUGACUAAUGUGACAUUCUUGGUGGGUGACCGAAUCUCUCUGGCGGAUAUCUGUGUAUUCUGUACGUUGCUGCAUUUAUUCGAGAAUGUGCUGGAUGCUAAUGAGAGAGCACACUACGUCAGCUUGACACGGUGGUUCAAUACAAUCCUCAAUCAGCCACAGGUGAAGGCUGUCAUCCCCAACUUCCAGCUUUGCGCAAAACAACUCGAAUUUGAUCCCGAGAAGUAUGCUCAGUUUGUUGCCAAGACUGGUGGAGCUGGUGAGGAGAAGGAGGAGGGAAGCAAGAAGAAACAGGACAAGCCGAAGCAGGAGAAGAAGAAGGAACAGCCGAAAAAGGAGGAGAAACAAGAGCCAGCUGAAGAGCUCGACCCCGCCGAGGCUGCUCUCCUGGAGGAGCCCAAGUCCAAGGAUCCUUUCGACAGUCUCCCCAAGGGCACCUUCAAUAUGGAUGACUUCAAACGCUUCUACUCCAAUGAGGAUGAAGCCAAAUCUGUUCCGUACUUCUGGGAGAAAUUUGAUCCCGAGAACUAUUCCAUCUGGUACGGCGAAUAUAAAUACAACGAGGAGCUCACCAAGGUGUUUAUGAGCUGCAAUUUGAUCACCGGUAUGUUCCAGCGUCUCGACAAGAUGCGCAAGCAAGCAUUUGCAUCCGUAUGCCUCUGGGGUGAGGACAAUAACAGCACAAUUUCCGGUGUGUGGGUAUGGCGUGGCAAGGAUUUGGCCUUUGAACUCAGUCCCGAUUGGCAGAUUGACUACGAUUGCUAUGCCUGGAAGAAAUUGGAUCCAUCCGCAAAUGAAACCAAGGAGUUGGUUAAGCAGUACUUCUCCUGGACCGGCGAGAGGGAUGGCCGCAAAUUCAAUCAAGGAAAGGUCUUCAAAUAAAUCAUUUCUUUUUUUGUCCGCGAAAUAACACACACUGUCUAAAAAAAAAGGACACGAUCCUUCGUUUUCUUUAUCCCUAACACAGAGAUUAAACUUCAAACUUUUGUAAGGAA